AUGUCUAUCAGACAGAUUCCCAAUAGCACGGGACGUGAAUUCAAUUCUCUAAUCAGAGUUUUCACUAUUUUCCUCUUUAAUGAUUUAACUCUGAAUUUUACACUGUUUCUUUUUUCAUUGUUUCUUUAUCCUCUUUCAUUAUUACUAUUUCCUCUUUCUUUUUUUCAUUAUUUCUUUUGUAAUCCUCUCUCUUUCAUUUUUCAUUUUUUUUCCUCUCUCUUUUUCAUUAUUUUAAUAAUUCUAUUUCAUUUUCAUUCUUUUUUUAAUUCUUUCUCUUUCUUUUUUCAUGUUUCAUUAUUUAUUUUUUGCUUUUUUUUCCUUUUAUUUGCUGUUUUCUUAAAUUGCUUCUUUCAUUUUUUCUUUUCUCUUUCAUUUUUUCUCUUCUCUGUCAUUCAAUUUUUUAUCCUUUCUUUUUUGUUUUUCAUUAUCUGUUUAUGUUUUUUAUAUUCUUUUUUACUUGUCUUUCCUUUUCCAUUUGUAAAUUUUUCUUCUCUUUUUUCUGUUUUAUUUGAUUUUCCUUUUGUUUUUAUACGUGAAUUUUAUUUCUUCUAUUUUUUGAUUUUUUGUCUCUUUUUCUCUAUUGAUUUUUUCUCCCUCUUUCAAUUGAUUUUUUCUCUCAUUCAAUUUCUGCUCUCUUUCUCUCUCUUUUCUGAUUUGCUCUCUCUCUCUGUCUCAAAGUUUUUUGUUUCCUUCUCUUACAUUCAGUUUUUAAUCUCUUUGUCACUCUUUCUUUCACUUGAUUUCUUCCUCUUUCUUAGUUCUUUCCCUCUUUCUCUCUCUUUCGAUCUGCAUCCCUCUCUUUCUUUCAAUCUUCUUCCCGCUCUCUCAAUUUCCUUCCUUCCCUCUCUCGUCCUCUCCCUCUUUAUCAUAUUUGAUUUAUUUACUUUUUCACUUAUUCAAUUGCUUUCCCCUUCUUCAAUUUUUCCCCCUCUCUCAUUCACUUUGUUUCUCUCUGUUUUUCUUUCUCUUCAUCAUUCUGUUUUCCUUUUUAUUUUCUUUCUCUCUCAAACUAUCUCUCUCAUUACACUCUUUGCUUUCUUUUUCUCCAUCAUUUCUCUCUCUCUCUCUCUCUCUCGUUGUUCCCUUUUCUCCUCUUUCUCUCUCUUAUUGCCCUCUUUCUCUUCUAUAUCUCUCUCUACCCUCUCUUUCUCUUUCUUUUUUCCAUCAUUUCUCCUCUCUCUCUUAUUGUUCCUUUUCUCCUCCUUCCUCUCUUUACCCUCUUCUAUAUCUCUCUCAUUACCCUCUUUGACCUCUUUCUGUCGCAUUGCUUUCUUUUUCUCCAUCCUUUCUCUCUCUCUCUCAUCUCUCUCAUUACCCUCUUUGACCUCUUUCUGUCUCUCCAUCAUUUCUCUCUCUCUCUCUCUCUUUAUCUCUCUCAUUACCCUCUUUGACCUCUUUCUGUCGCAUUGCUUUCUUUUUUUCUCUCCAUCUCUCUUCUCUUUCUCUCUCUCCUUCUCUGUUCCUCUUUCUUUCUCCUCCUUCUCUCUCUUUCUUGCUCCUCAUUUCUCUUCUCUCUCUCUCUCAUUCCUCCCCUCUUUGACCUCUUUUCUUGUCUCUCCACCCUCUUUGAUUGCAUUCUUUUUUUUCUCCAUCAUUUUCUCUCUCUCUCUCUCUCUCUUUUCUCCUCCUUCUCUCGUUGUUCCCUUUUCUCCUCCCUCUUUGACCUCUUUAUUGCCCUUUUCUUUUCUCCUUUUUCUCUCUCUCUCUCAUUGUUCCUUUUCUCCUCCUUUCUUUUUGCCCUCUUUCUCUUCUAGAUCUCUCUCAUUACCCUCUUUGACCUCUUUCUGUCAUUCUUUUUUUUCUCCAUCAUUUCUCUCUCUCUCUCUCUCAUCUCUCUCAUUACCCUCUUUCUUUCUGUCGCAUUGCUUUCUUUUCUCCAUCCUUUCUCUCUCUCUCUUCUUGUUCCCUUUUCUCCUCCUUCUCUCUCUUGCCCCCUCUUUCUCUUUGAUCUCUCUCAUUUCUUUGACCUCUUUCUGUCUCUUCUCAUUUUCUCUCUCUCUCUCUCUUUGUUCUCUCCUCUCUCUCUUGUUGCCCUCUUUUUUCUCUCUCUCUUCUCUUUCUCUUUCUGUUCUUCUUUCUUUUCUCCAUCAUUUCUUUCUCUCUCUCUCUCGUUGUUCCUUUUUUCUUCUCUUAUUCUCUCUUCUUCUCUUCUCUCUUUUCUUUGACCUCUUUCUUCGCAUUGCCUUUUUCUCCAUCAUUUCUCUCUCUCUCUCUUCUGUUUCCUUUUCUUUUCCUUCUCUCGUCCAUUUUCUUUUCUCUCUCUUCUCUCUUUUCUUGCUGUCCAUUUAUCUCUCUUCUCUCUCUCUCACUGUCCACUUUCUCUCUCUUCUCUCUUUCGUAGUCCACUUUCUCUCUCUUCUUUUUCAUGCUUUCUCUCUCUUUUUUGUCAUUUAUCUCUCUUCUUCUUGCUCUUCAUUUUAUCUCCUUUUCUCUCCUUUUUCUCUUUCAUUGCCUUCUAUCUCUUGUUUUUCUCUUUCUACUUCUCAUUCUUUCCUCUCUUCCUUUUUCUUAUUCUCCCAUUCAUAUCUUUGUGCAUUGAUAUUUCUUUCUCACAAUCUCUAUUAUUUUUCUCAUUACAAUAUCCUCAUUAUAUCUGUUUUCUCUCACUCACCUAUCCUCUCUCUCCCUCACUUAUCAUUUGUUUUCUCCCUUGCUUUCCUCUUCUUACUUACUCUCCUUAUUUCUCUUGCUCUCUCUCUCACUCCUUUUUCUUUCAGUUACUCUCCUUUGCUUCUAAUAUUUCUUUAUCCUCUUCAGUGUUUCUCUCUAUUCCCAUUCCUCUUCUUCCAUUAUAAAAAAAAACUCCUUUUCUCUUCUCCAUUUCUUCCCAAUUCUAGACUUUUUCUUCUGUUAACAUAUAUCUCCUAUUCUUUCAAACUCACUUUCUUUUUUCCUCUUCUUUCGUCUUCCUUUAUCUUUAAUUUUCCAUCUUUCUUUAUUUUCUUUGUCUUUAUUUUUUUAUUAUUUCCUUUCUUUUUUCUUUCUUUCAUUUUUUUAAUUUCUUUUUUAUUUAUUUUACUUUUCCGUUUCUUAAUUUUUCCUCUUUCUUUACAUUUUUUAUGUUUUCUUUCUUUUCUUCAUUUUUUACUUACUUUUUCCAUUUUUUAUAUUUUUCAUUUUUUUUCUUUCAUUUUUCCUUUUUUAAUACUUUUUCCUUUCUUUAAUUUUUUUAUCAUUUUUUCUUUUUACUUUAUCUUUUUUCCCUUUUCUUUUUCUUUCUAUUCAAUUUCCUUCCUUCUUUCUUUCUUGUUCUUUUAUUUCUUUAUUCCAUCUUUCCUUUACUUUUUUGUCAUCAUUCCUAUGCUAUUCUCAUUAUUUUUCUUCUUUCAUUUUUUUUCAUAUUAUGUUUCUUCACUCUUUUUUGUUCUUAUUUUUUCUUUAUUUCUCAUUAAGUUACACUUUUUCCUUCCCCCUCCUUCAUUCAUUCUUGAUUUAUUUUUUAUUGACAGACACCUCCUUUUAACACACUAA